UCAAAUUAUUUUUUCAAAAGUGUGAUAAAAACAUAUUCGGUGACCUUUCUUCCCUCAUUUCAUCUCUCUUUCUCCAAGUUUCUCAAAGUUCCUAUGGAGUUACUCAAUUUCUUUGUCAUCCUUCUCACUAUUUUCGGCUUAACAUCAUCAUCGCCAUUACGAGUUGAUUCCUAUACACGAGCACUCUUGAAAUUAAAAUCUGAGCUUCAAGAUGAUCACAACAGUUUGAAAGACUGGGUGGUGCCAUCGGUAAAAAAGUUACAUAAAAGUGGAAGUUUAUAUGCAUGCACUUGGUCGGGAAUCAAGUGUGACAACCACUCAAUUGUUACUUCCAUAGAUCUUUCAAGGAAGAAACUCGAAGAGGAACUUUCCAACCUCACAAGGUUACAGUCGCUUUUUCUGUUCAAAAACCAACUGGAAGGAUCAAUACCAAGUGAGUUGGCCAAGAUUAAAUCUCUCACAGAUUUAGAUCUUCGGUAUAAUUUCUUAUCAGGGUCUAUUUCCGAAAGUUUCUCAAAGUUGAAGCAUUUAAGACUUUUCAACGUGUCUUUUAAUGAUAUAUCCGGUUCAAUACCGAAAGGAAAAGUGCUCAAAUUAAUGGAUAAAAGUAAUUUUAUCGGAAAUCCAAAAUUAUGUGGAGCGCCGUUGAAACCGUGUUUAGUGUCAAUGGGCAGCAUAACCACUUUGAAGUUUCCACAAAUUGUAUUGCUUUUUCUAGGGUUGUUACUUCACUAAUGAAAGGGAUUAAAAUUAAGUUAGAUUAUUAUUGUCAUUGUAAUUGUGUUUUUUUAUGUAUUGUGUUCCACUUCCCCACAUUUUGUAAUAUUUUCAUGUAUGAAUGAUUUUCUUUAUGUAUUAUCUUGAAAAAUUGAAUUAAAGUUGUCUCAUGCAUGGGGGUUUGUAGAGUGUAGAGAAGAGAUAAUAUUUUAAUCAAGUGUUUGUAUGUAUGGUUUAAACAACUCAUGACAAAAAUCGUAUGUUUAUUGAUUGUCA